CCGUUUUGAAUCACCUGGAAAAGGCUGACCUCACAUUGACCUUGUUUCGUUGCCGCCUUUCUCACACUACCAUUCAUUCUCUCUCUAGAAUCCUCCAUAGCUUCUCUGUCACCUUGAUUUUCUCCGUUUUUCUCUGGAAAUCCUUGCUCUUCACAUUCACUAUCACUCCCAAUUCUGCAAGAUUCUUCGCUGUCUCAUUUCCGUUAAUGAAUGAUUGCAGGAGGAAGAAGAACGGGAGGUGAUUUCUGUACAGAAUUCUUGAAAAUAUACACAUACAUUCGGAAGUAAGGGAUUGGUAUAUAUGUCUUUCGAUCAAUCAAGGCAUAAUAAGAAUGAGAAUCCUCAGUUUAAGAAAUCUGGGCGAUCGUCGAGCUUCAAUCAACAGAAUAUCUCAUACAGACUUCAUUCUAAGCCGGGCGAUUCCGGCAGGUUUGCGCCGCCGAUCGUCUCCAACCAUAGUGUUAAGCAGUCUAACGAUGUUCAACAAGCACGGAAAACUAAGGCUGGUGAAUCCUCUGUAAGUUCUACCGUUUCUUCUGCCCCUCGCGGAGGACAAAACGGUUCUCAUGUGCAGCCGCAACAGAAUGGAUCAGCAUCCAAUCCAAUAAAAUUGUCAGGAUCCCAAGGCGGGACUGUUAAAAAAAAUGCAACUUCUCAAACGGCCUCAAAGACCUCUGAUGCAUUUUCAGAAUCCAAGAGCGGAAUUGUUCAAAAUAAUGCAUCUUCUAAGCCUACAUCAAAAACUUCCGACACCACCCUCUUUAAAGACUUGGGAGAACAGCAUAUAACAUUUCCACUUCAAUUUGGAUCCUUAAGUCCUGGUUUCCAGAUUCCUAGGACCAGCUCAGCUCCUUCGAAUCUGCAAGACGAGAUAUUGAACCAGGCACAACGCCCUGUGUUUCAAUCUGUACCUUCAGGGUCAGUGCUGCCAGUACCCAGACAACCAUUAGCAAAAAAUGAUUCCAGUGUCUAUGAUCAACCAAAUAUUGGAACGUCAAAUCCAGAGCAAGAGACCAAAAGGGAGAUGCAAGCCUCGGCAGGAGCACCCUUAAACCAGAAUCAGAAGCCUUCCCAUGUAUCAUUUGUUAGUCACAGAACUUCUAUUUCCCUCCCUGAUAGUAAGAGUAUGAGCCUUGUGCAUCAUAUUGCUGAUUCACCUAAUGUGAAAGAAGUCCAAGUUCAUGAUGAGAACUCUAUUUCCUCGGCAGCAAAGCAUGUUGAAAUGCAAUCUCUUCCAGGGUCUUCGACGCAGGUCAUCUACUCUUGUCCUAAAGAAAGCCUGUCUAAGUCCAACUCAAUUAAGGCCGAUAACAAAGUAUCAGGCAAGAAAGGACCGAUUCAACUGCUGCAUCAGGUUGAGGUUUCAGAUUCCAUUUGUAAUUCUAAGCUGGAUUCCUCUUUGCAAUUUGAGCAAUCAAAGCACGAGCUCGUUGGAACAAAAAAAGUAGGAGCGAGAAGAUUGCCUGAUUCUCAAGAUGACAUAGAACAAAGUAAACCUCCAUUUUGCAUGAAGCCAACUGCAAUUAAUAAUGGCAAUUCAAAGUCAAAAACACUGGAAGAAUGGGAUGAACCUAUAAUUUCGCAUGCAGAACUUGGCAGUACAAACGACAGUAAUGUUCUUUCUAGCUCCAAAACUCAUGGAUGUAAGACUUCAGCUAUUCUUGUAUCUUCUUGUCAAAGUGACAGCAACACUAAAAAUCAUACUGUAGUGUGCCGAGCUGAUCUGCAAUCUGCUCUUGUUGAAACGUCUGAGCCAUCAGAGAUGAAGCAGAAAGGAGAUAGAAUAGAGCACACUGGUGGUCAAUGUGACCCUAAUUUUAGACCCUUUAUUAAGGACAAACCUGUUAUGGACAUAAAUAAGAUGAGGAAUAGGUCGAAGAAGAAGAGGAAGGAAAUUAUUCGGAAGGCAGAUGCUGCUGGGACUACUUCCGACCUUUAUAUGGCAUAUAAAGAAACUGAAGAGAAGAAAGAGACUGUCUUGUCUGCUGAAAGCUCCAAUGAGAGCAUAAAUAUGAAACACGAAUCUGCUGGUUCCGUUAAGGAAGAGGCUGUCUUGACCAGGAAGGAUGUUCAGGGUAAACUUGAGCCAGAUGAUUGGGAAGAUGCAGUUGAUAAUUCUACUGUUACAUUGAAAUACGAGGGUGGUUUUGAGGAUAAGGCCAACAGAAAAAUAGCACUGCGCCUCAAGGAUGAGAGUAGAGAUCUGGCUAAAAAAUACUCCAGAGAUUUCCUCCUGAAAUUUGCCGAGCAGUUCAUGGACCUUCCAGCUGGGUUUGAAGUUACUCCCAACAUAAAGGGUUUAAUGAGUAUUAAUCAUGGCUCUCGUUCUGUUAAUAGUAAUUCACCUGCUAACCUUGGAAAAAUGGAUAAGCCAAGUGGAGGGUCUCGAUUAGACCAUCGUGCUAUUACUGCUGAUGACAGACUACUUGCUUCAGGGCGGCAUUCACAUUUGGAUAGCACUCGACCUACUCAAGGUGCUAACAAUAGUGCUGUAAAGUCCCAAUGGGCACACGUUGGUUCUCAGGGAAAGAUUCAAAGAAAUGGCUCCAAUACUGAUAGGUGGCAAAGAGAUGCUAUUUUUCAGGUUAAAGGUAUAAUUUCUCCUCCAACUCCAUCACAGGUGAUGCACAGAGCCGAGAAGAAGUAUGAAGUGGGUAAAGCGGCUGACCAGGAAGAGACCAAACAAAGGCAGUUGAAGGCUAUACUUAACAAGCUAACUCCACAAAAUUUUGAAAAACUCUUUGAACAAGUGAAAGCAGUUAAUAUUGAUAGUUCGAAGACACUAAGUGGUGUCAUCUCUCAGAUCUUUGACAAAGCUCUGAUGGAGCCUACCUUCUGUGAAAUGUACGCCAAUUUUUGUCUCCAUCUAGCUGGUGAGUUACCUGAUUUUAGCGAUGAUCAUCAGAAGAUUACUUUUAAGAGGUUGCUUUUAAACAAGUGCCAAGAGGAAUUUGAGAAAGAGCAGGAAGAAAAUGAUGAAGUUAAUAAGGUCGGUGAGAUGAAACAGUCUGCAGAGGAACGAGAAGUGAAUAGAACAAAGGCGCGUAGAAGAAUGCUUGGCAACAUCCGAUUAAUUGGGGAGCUUUACAAGAAGAAGAUGAUAACAGAGAAAAUCAUGCAUGUAUGCAUCAAAAAAUUGUUGGGUCAAUAUCAAAAUCCGGAUGAGGAAGAUAUUGAAGCAUUGUGCAAAUUAAUGAGCACCAUAGGAGAGAUGAUAGAUCACCCCAAAGCCAAGGACCAUAUGAAUGCAUAUUUUGAGAUGAUGACUGAAUUAUCUAAUAACAUGAAACUGUCAUCUAGGGUUAGAUUCAUGUUGAAGGAUGCAAUUGAUUUGAGAAAGAAUAAAUGGCAACAGAGGAGAAAAGUUGAAGGACCUAAAAAAAUUGAUGAAGUCCACAGGGAUGCUGUGCAAGAACGCCAAGCACAAACUAGUAGAUUAACCCGUGGUCCUAGGAUCAGUCCACCAUUGAGGCGGGGAACAUCAAUGGAUUUUGGUUCAAAAGCGCCUGCAUUAUUGCCUUCUCCCAAUGCCCAGAUUGGUGGUUUUCACGGUUUUUCGACCCAGAAUUGUGGUUCAAGCAGUCAAGACCCUUGUUUUAAAGGUAAACUACAGCCUUCUGAGGCCAAGGCAUUCCCAACUCCAUUGCCCCAAAGAUCUAUCAGUGAUGAUUCUGUCACUUUAGGUCCCCAAGGUGGUCUAGCUAGAGGAAUGUUCAUUAGAGGGUCACGAUCCGUUUCGUCUAAUUCAUUAUCAGAUUUGCCCUUGCCGACUGGUAAUAACUCCCAAAAAAUGGUAGCUAUUUUAAGUCCUCAUGGCUUAGUAUCAGAGCAUGCAACUUCCAACUCCAGAGGGGACAUCCCUUCAAGGAAAUUUUCACAGGGAAUUUUAGGUUCAGAAUCCCUCGAUCAGGCAAUGAGUACACAGGAACCUGCUAUUAGCGGUCUUCGGAGGUGUCAGCCGACCAAAUAUGAACAACCAGCAUUGACUCCGAAUGGUCAUUGUGAAGUUAUGUCCGAGGAUCAUCUGCGAGAUAAGUCCAUCGCUGCAAUUAGGGAAUAUUACAGCGCUAGAGAUGAGAAGGAAGUUACCCUGUGCAUCAAGGACUUGAAUUCGCCUGAAUUCCAUUCCUCCAUGAUUUCUCUUUGGGUCACAGACUCCUUUGAGAGACAAAACACAGAAAGGGAUCUUCUAGCUAAACUUCUUGUUAGCCUCAUCAAAUCAAAGGAUGCUACAUUGACUCAACUCCAACUUCUCAAAGGAAUCCAAUCAGUUCUUGCCACUCUGGACGAUGCUGUGAAUGAUGCCCCAAAAGCUCCACAAUUUAUGGGCCGAUUACUGGCUAACUUGAUGUGGGAAAAUUUGAUUUCGUUGAAAGAAAUUGGGAAGUUUAUAUAUGAAGGUGGAGAGGAGCCUGGAAGUCUUGUACAAGCUGGGAUUGCAGCUGAUGUUCUUGGCAACGUGCUGGAGGUAGUUCAAUUGGAUAAAGGUCAGAUUUUUUUGAACGAAGUUCUUAAAAGUUCUGAUCUCCAACUGGAAAUAUUUCGCCCUUCAUACCCAAUCAAAUCAACAAAGUUAGAGAAAUUUAUUUAGUUACAUGGAUUUAUGAAAUCAGAAUAGAAAGGAAUUCAUUAAUUUGUGAUUUUAGGUUAGUUUUUUUUCCCUUUCCAAAAGGUAUGAUUUUAGGUUUGGUUACUUUGGCCAUAUACUUUGUAAGUUGAUAGAGAAUCUUGCCACUCAUCCCUCAAAUAUUUUACAUCAUUUUUACGACAAAGGUAGAGCUACCAAGACUAAGAAAAAUAAAUGUCUGGUUAUAGUGAAA